CUCUACUCCUAGUUUACCCCUUCGGCGAAUUUCCUGAACAUCGUCGUAGAAAACGUAGACAACUUCAGGUGGGACCGUUAUCAUAGCAAUAAAACGUCAAAAUAAUGGGGCUUUUUGGGAAAUCUCAGGAGAAAAAUCCCAAAGAUCAGGUUAAUGAAUGGGCUCAUAAACUACGAAAGGAAGGUUAUCAGUUGGAUCGUCAGGUUAGAGCCAUUCAACGUGAGGAGGAAAAAGUGAAACGUUCGCUGAAAGAUGCAGCUAAAAAAGGCGACAAAGAUGUUUGUAAAGUUCUCGCAAAGGAGAUUAUUCGUGCCCGGAAAGCCUGCAACAAAAUUUAUACAUCAAAAGCUCACUUGAAUUCAGUAACACUACAAAUGAAAAAUCAAUUGGCAACGAUACGAGUCGCUGGUUCAUUGUCAAAGUCAACAGAAGUUAUGCAAGCAAUGCAAUCGCUUAUUAAAGUACCUGAAGUGGCAGCAACAAUGCGGGAAUUGUCCAAAGAAAUGAUGAAAGCUGGAAUAAUCGAGGAAAUGCUCGACGAAACUAUGGACUCGGUCGAGGAUUCGGAGGAGAUGGAGGAUGAGGCGGACGAGGAAGUGGACAAGAUUCUUUGGGAGUUGACGGCCGGACAACUUGGCACAGCUCCGGCACUUGUGAUGGAAACCCCAGGAACGUCAACGUCGACGGAAGAAAAAUCCGAAGAAGUCGAGGAGAACGAUAAAGAACUUGAAGAUAUGAGAACUAGAUUACAAAGUCUACGUGAAUAGUUUAUUCGUUCUUGUGUCUUUAUUUUGCACUUCAACGUUGCUUCGUCCAUCUACUUCACCGCAGUUUUAUUUGUCAAUCAGUAUUCGAUAUUUCGGAGAGUGAUAACACAGUAAUGAAGUGGUAAAACGAGAUAAGUUGACUUAUCUCACUUAAUUUUUCGAGCAAUAUCUACGAAUCUAAGGAAGUGCUCCAAGUGGGGGAAAGUGAUCAUUUUGCAGAAACUUUUUUUAAUUAUUUCGCCAUAAAAAUUUGAACAAAAACUGUCGAGUAAAUAUUCUACACAAAACCUUAAUGAGAAUUUUGCUGACUUCCUUAGAUUCUCAGAUAUUCAUUAAAAAACUGUUCAAUAAUCAAAAGUAAUUUAUCUCUUUUUAUCCCUUCGCUACAAAAUUCUUAUUUCUUCAAUAGUUUUCUUCUCUAUUGAGUUUUUUCUGAAGCUGGCUUCACGUUAAAAGAGAUGAAUACAUUCUACGCUUGCUUCGUCAUUUAAUUAACUCUAAAUGCAGUGAAACAUUCGUAAUUUGGCUGUAACGAUCUUCGGAGAACCAAAAAGGGGGGAAAUUGGGACGCAUCUAUUUUUUAUAGAUGAUUGUAUUUGCGUAACAUGUGAAUGAGUGCAAAUUAAUUCAAUAUGAAUAAAUGUAAAUAAUAUUUAUUGACUCCAUGAAAUAUAUUAUGGAGUUCUACUCAAACAAUUAUGACGUGGAGGAAUAUAAUUGGAUAUGUUUUUUAAUAUCGCAAAUAAAUUCUUCUGGUGUGCAUUGGCAGUAACUGUAAUCCGCUGUAUAGUAUAAUCCGUAUGGAAAAAAAUCAGUAAAGAAAUUCUCACAUUU